GAAACUCGAGGUCGUAUGCGUAGCGGUAAGCCAGCGGGCACGGCCAGUCAGUCGCGCUCCAGCCGUCGCGGUGGAAGGUGUUCGUCGCGCCUCUCUCUCUUCUCUCACUUUCGUGCGUACUACCUUCGUUUCCUAUUUCAUACCAAAACAAAUGGAUUGUCGUUGCCCCCACGUGACGCGUUGUGCGAACGUAUCAGUGUUAUCCCGCUUGUCCACCCGAUAAAUCAAGUGUGUCCUUCGUGGUGGAUCGAACUCAUUUGUGCGAACAAGUUGCUGCGUUACGCAAUCUCUUCGUUGAUUCGCGGCACGCGGGAAACUCUACAAACUUGCGGUGAAUCUUCCUCGCGCCGUGUUUAUUUUUUUGCUGUCACGCGGUCGUCCCGAGAACGCGCUCGCACAUUAUCGAGACACGACACGUGGCCGAGCAGUAACGAGGGGAAACUUUCGAAAAUUCUAAAGUGGACAUGCGUGUCAAAGAUCGGGCUGAGGCUGCACACCGAUGACGCACGAGUCGGUGACGAGGUGACGAGCACGACGACGACGACGACGACGACGACGACGAGCGCCACGGAGCCACACGAGUCGGAGGAAACGAAUCGAGGGAUCAUGGCUAAGAGCGCGGAGAGGUUGCCCGGCACCUCGACCAGGCUAAGAACCAGAGACGACGGCUGCUGCUCGGUCAACUUCCUCAAAUACGUUCUCCACAUUUACAACGUGGUGUUAUUCUUGUCUGGACUGGUGGUGGGCGGGAUCGGUAUCUGGACGGUGAUUUCGAAGCACAGCUACGUGUCCCUGAUGACGACCUCCACGUAUCCGACGCUAGCCUACGCCUUGAUCGUCGCAGGUGUUCUGGCCGUGGUCGGUAGCUGGCUCGGAUGCGGCGGUGUAACUUCUGAAAAUAGAUGCGUACUUCUCAUAUACGUGUUCGUGGUGAUGCUGGUGUUCGUGCUGGAGGCGGGUGUCGGUGCCCUGGCGCGUCUCUACGAGGAACAAGUCGGUCCUGAAUUGAAGAUGAACCUUAAUCGCACCUUCCUCGAGAACUACGCCGUGAGGCGCAGGGAAACUUCGGCGAUCGACCAGAUGCAGAUAGAGUUCAAAUGCUGCGGUGCCCUGAGAUUCGAGGACUGGGUUGUGAGCGAGUGGCACAAGGACGAGAAUGUGCUGAAGAACGGGAGCCUCGUGCCGGAUAGCUGUUGCAAGACACCGACCCUACUCUGCGGAAGGAGGGAUCAUCCGUCUAACAUCCAUUACACGGGUUGUAUCUACAAGUUUCUCGAGACGACCAAGGAUCACUUGAUCAUCCUCGGGGCUGUUGGCCUGGGAUUGUCGGUCCUCGAGCUGUUCGGCAUCGUGCUCGGCUCGUGCCUCUACAUAAAGCUGAGGCACGACUUCGACGACUGAGAAUUGCUGCAAACACUGGAGAGCAACAAUAACGGCCGUUCCUGGUGCAGAUACAUGCAGAACGGCGCGGGAGCCGUUUGAUCGUUGGGCUGGAAGGAAAGGAAGAGGGGAGGGGAGGAGGGGAGAUAGCCGUCGGGAAGGAGAGGGAGGAAUCCUUCUUCGCCGUUUCUUCUUUUUUUUCACGUUGAAUUUCCCUCCACCAGAGGGGCUCGUGGAAUUUCUAUCCUUUUCCUGGAGGACGACUGCAAAGAAAGAGGGAGGAGGAGAGUAGAAAAAGAGGGAAAAUGAAGGGAAAACGGUGUGACAUAUGAUAUUCCUUAGAUCCCACAGGAAUCUUUAAAGUCAGACUCCUUUUCUCUUCUUUCUUUUUUUUUUAUAUAUAUAUAUAUAAUAUAACGCGAGAUUCGAGACAAAAAAAAGCGGAUGCAAAUCGCAGGAUGAAUUAUAUUCGAUUUAACCCGGGUCACCGAUUUCUCCUCCUCUGUCUGGAUGAUAAAUCUACUGAUGGUUAAUUCUACUGCCCGGCAUAACUAUCCUCCUGCUCCCCCUCGUGCUCUUAUCACACCCAUGACAAUUUUAUAGAGAAUAUUUUAACGAAACAUUUCCACCCUUCGAACUUGUUGUUAUUCGUAUUUUCGUAAAGGGGAUCGCGCGCUCUAAUCCAAAGUUUUUGUACGCCGUUCUCUGCUUUCUCUCGUGGGGAGGGAAACGGAGAGAGGGGCAUUCCUGUUUUUAUACACGGGACGACAUCGAUCACGAUGCCAGCGGUUUAUACUCGCGGCUAGUGAUCUGUUCGAUUACGAAUCGAACGUAUCGUCGAUUCCAUUGUCGGCAACGUUCUUCCGCUCGUACAAAUCACGCUGUCUCGUCGAAUACUGCCGUAACGAAUCCGCACAAACGUUUCUAAAGGUAUAUAUAUAUAUAAAUACACACAGAUUACACGAUUACACGAGGAGCGAGUUUAGCGUUCUUUAGCUAGUAAAAAAAAAAAAAAAAAGUCACGACGACGUGUUCCAAUGGUCGCGAUCGAAACUGUUCUUUGGGUCCAAACGGUCCCCAUUUGUCGAUCAAACGGACCAUUUUAUCGUCCUGCUUUUUAAUCGAAUAAAAAAUAAAUAAAAAAAAAAUAUCCGAGAAAAGAGAGAUCCGAUUGUUCGAGCGAUAGCGAAACGAUCGUCCUUCUAUUCCGUUAAAUAAAGUCGACCACCACUCGCGUUCUCGAAGUUUUCUUGUUCUCUGUAAAAAGAGAAUUUUUUAUUCGAUCUAUUGAAACGAAUCUAACGGAUUUAAUAUAUUUAUCGAAAAGAGUCGAGGACGUGUAUCGAUGUGUUUUUUAAAUAAAAAGAAAAGAAAAAAAAAAAAAAGGGAACGACGAUGGUUUU